CCAACUAUACAUGGUUUCCGCAAUAUGAUUGCCAUCAAUUAAAUGUUAGAUAAGCUCAAUCUAGAUACGAUAGAUACAAAUCUAUAUUGUGUAUAUCUUUUUAUAUGUUGAUAGACUUGUGUAUUUCCUGUAUAUACGAUACAUAAUAACACAGAGCACUCUACGGAGUUUUCAUAAUCUUACAUGGUAUCAGACGCUUUCUAGCCUUCAUACGUAGCGAUUGCUCGAUCCUUACUCCGCUCUCUUUUUCUUUUCUUUUUCUUUCCCUCUCUACUUGGAGAUCUCCUCUUUCUUCCCUUCUUCCUUAUGGCUACUACCACUGUUGCCUCCUCUUCUAAUGAAAAACCAUAUAGCAUCUCUCAAAUCAAGGCCUACAUCCCCAUCAUGCUCGACAUCAAAAAGCUCAAUUACCAUGUUUGGCGAGAGCUCUUUGAAACCCACUGCAUCUGCUUUGGGGUUUUUGGAAACCUCGAUGGAACCACCACUCCUACCGCCGACACUAAAAAAGAGUGGAAAGAGCAUUAUGGAUUGGUUAACAUGUGGAUCUAUGGCACCAUCUCUGAAUCGAUCCUUGACACUGUCCUGAAGACUAAAUGCUCUGCUCGUGAUCUAUGGGUGACCAUUGAGGUGUUGUUUCGCGACAACAAGGAAGCCCGGUCCUUGGAGAUUGAGAGUGAGCUUCGCACCACCGUCAUUGGCGAUCUCUCUGUUCAUGAAUAUUGCCAAAAGCUCAAGUCCAUGGCCGACCUUCUUGAGAAUCUCGGUUCCCCUGUUUCCGAUCGUGCUCUUGUCAUGCAUCUCCUUAAUGGUCUGUCUGCCAAGUUUGAUAACAUCAUAAAUGUUAUCAAACACAAAUCGCCUUUCCCAGCUUUCACUGAGGCUCGCUCGAUGCUCUCUAUGGAAGAAAAAUGCCUUGCCAAAACUCUCUCUGCCACACCGAUCAACACCAACACCGCUUCCGCACCGGCGCUUCUCUACACCACCUCCACUCCGCAACAACAGAACCACGACUCCUCUCCUAACAAUGGUGGUUACACUAACAACUUCCAUGGAGGUUCCCCUCGCGGCACCAACCGCGGUCGUGGUCGCGGCGGACGCAACUCUCGCGGCCAUGGUAGACACAAUUUCCACUGGUCUGGAUAUCCGAUGCAACCAUGGCAAUUUGGAGCACAACUGUGGCCUCCGCCGUACUUCCAGUCUGUUCCACCGAUGUUCCUUUACCCUAAUUCUCCAAUGGGCUCAAAUCCACAUUUUUCGACCCACAAUAACAACUUUCAACCAGGCCUCCUUUGCUCAUCAUCUGCUCGGCCCAACACUACUGCUCACCUCGCUUACACUCAGCAUAAGCCACAACCGAACACAUAUUUUCCGGAACAAAUCACUCAUGCGUUCAAUACAAUGACACUGCAGGACCCGAGCACUUCCCCUUGGCUAAUGGACACUGGAGCAACCAACCACAUUGCAUCCACUCCAGGAUCUGCAAACCCGGAACAGCCUUCGCCACUGUAAUAGUCCAGGACCUCUCUACACAUUUCAUCCCUCGUCAAGUCCUUCUAGUCCACUCGCUUUAGCUGCAACUACUUCUGGUUUUU